CGAAUUCAGGCGAUGAGCCUUUGAUUAAAUUGUUUUCAAGUAUGAGUUUAGUGCACGCUUCACGGCAUGCUGCAGGUCGCAGCACAGUCGUACGAAGCUCGUACGCUGAGAUAUCUCGAUUCAUUCGAACACGCCAUCACGGGAUCACGUUCGAUCGCACACCAUUGUGUUCGAGAAACACAACACGAUCGAUUACGAGUCUGCAGUCCAGUGCUUCCGAAUCGUCGCCAGAGCAGAAGUUUCGCAAGACGUUAGACGAAUACAAAGAAUCAACGCAGAUUACCUCCUGGAAGCACCUUGAUGAUGACUGGAUUGAAUUGCGAGCUGCAAAUCUGGUGCACAACAGAGCGGGCCGGGAUGUAGAACUGUGUGGCUACCUUAGCACCAGACGUGAUGUGAACCAAAAGCUUUCCUUCGCCAUGCUACGCAGCAAAAAUCAAACGUGGUGCAUCCAGAUCGUCUCAACAGGUAACAUUGAGGGCGAGGAGGCAAGAGCUCAUGUCCGUCUUAGGACGUUGAGAGAAUGGACACCCGUUGUGAUUCGAGGCAAGCUUCUGGAAAGAAAGCAGGCUAAGAACGACACCUACCUGGGGGUGAAGAUGAUCACAGACCGGGAAAUCUCACUCUCCAGCAUCACUCCACUCAACGAGAUGCCGAGCGAUAUCAUCAUCAAGCAGGACACGGUGUUUGGACCUGAGCAGCGGCACCUACAGCUGCGCACCGACCGCGAGCUGCGCAACAACAUCAUCAAGAGACAGAGGGCGAUGAAGAGGGCGCGAUUGGAGUUGGCGGAUCAGGGUUGGAAAGAGGUCGAGACGCCAAUCCUCUUCAAGUCAACCCCGGAAGGCGCACGAGAAUUCCUCGUACCGACCCGAAACAAAGGUCUCGCGUAUGCGCUGCCUCAAAGCCCGCAACAGUACAAGCAGAUUCUCAUGGCCUCUGGAUUUACCAGGUACUUCCAGUUUGCGCGUUGCUUCCGUGACGAGGAUUUGAGAGCCGACCGACAACCGGAAUUCACACAGCUUGAUAUGGAGAUGUCAUUCGCCGCAGAGGAAGACAUCAUGGCUGAGAUUGAGAGGCUUCUGAGAACUCUCUGGUUCAGAGUGCUGAAGCAGAAGAUCCCGGAAAGGUUCCCACGGAUGACCUACCAAGAGGCUAUGGCUUCAUAUGGCUCAGACAAGCCUGAUCUUCGGUACAACUCAAAGAUUCACGACAUCACCCAAUAUCUGCCUGCCGACUUGAUCGGCAAGGUGACACCACUCCAGCAGCCUACAGUAGAAGCCUUCAAGAUGUCAAUCUCCUCCGACCCCAAGGUCACGCGAAAAUUCAUCUCCAGCUUCUUGGACAGCGCUGACGGCAAAGCGUUCCUCGACAAUGCGGAUGGCCAGCCGGGUGUCUUUGUUGGCGAUCACGCAGCUCCCAUGCAAGGCCUGGGACCUCUCGGCUAUCAAUACGUGAUGGAAGGUCCUGAGGCACUCGCUAUCGAACAUGGCGACUUGCUGAUCUUGCAGGCACGGCCGACGGCGCCAUUUGCAGGCGGCUCGACAGCACUGGGCAAUUUGCGCCUCGCUUUGCACAAAGCCGCUAUUGCGCAGGGACUCGUGGACGCACCUGGCCAACACGAGUACAAGUUUGUUUGGAUCCACGACUUCCCUCUCUUCUCGCCGGCCGUCGAGUCUGAGCCCGGUCAAGGCGGUACUGCCGGUCUAGCAGCGACGCACCAUCCGUUCACGGCACCCAAAACAGCCGAAGACGUUGAUUUGCUCCUCACUGCGCCGGAGAAAGCCACCGCUGCGCACUACGACAUUGUGGUCAACGGGGUUGAGCUCGGCGGAGGAAGUCGCCGUGUGCACAACGCAGCAGUGCAGGAGUUCAUCUUCAGCGACGUGUUGAAGAUGAAACCAGAGCGCGUGGAGGACUUCAGACAUUUGCUCGAUGUUCUGCGCUCAGGAUGCCCGCCGCACUGUGGCAUCGCGUUGGGGUGGGACAGGCUCAUGGCUAUCAUGUGCCACAAGGAGAGCGUGAGAGAUGUCAUUGCGUUCCCGAAGAGUGGCAGGGGCGAGGACCUAAUGGUCAAGAGUCCCAACAAGCCGACUACGGAGCAGUGGGACACGUAUGGUCUGCAGGCAAAGAUCUAGACGGGCUGGCAGGGUGUAUGACAAGGGCUGGUAGUGUUGUACGAUAUUUUGGCGAUGCAUGUCCGGCGUUGCUGGUCGUGUGCACAGUAUCUUGUAAUUGACUCGCGGCGGUGCAUGUCCGGCGUUUGGUGGUAUGAACAGUAUCUUGUAUUUGACUCGCGCUACAACCCACCGCCUCAGUCCCAGAACUUCAGCACGCCGUUCAGGUCGCCGGUGAUGACCUUGGAGGUCUCGCGCGGAUGCCACUGCACAGCCAGCACCGGGGCGUCGCUGGCCUGGAUCUUGUGCCACAUCUUGCACGACUUCCAGUCCCAGAAGCACACGUAGCCGCCGCUGUCGCCCGAGGAGACAAACUGGC